GGUAUGAAGUUAGCAAACCAGAUGCACUCUCCAGGUUGGAACGAGGAGAACAACCAUGGACUAUCUUAGACAAAAGCCACAGUCGAACGUUUUCAGGUCCUAGCCUGAAACCACCUGAGAAGCUGCCAGUGCUCAUUACUACGUGGACAGCCCUCUAUGAACAACUCUCUGUGGACCAGCAGAAGGCUGCUUUGUUCAUGGAUGGCAGUUCCAGGUUACAUGGACAACAUUUGAUGUGGAAAGCUGCUGCAUUAAGACCGACAGAUGAAAAACCCCCCUGAUUAAAGAAGAUAAGAACAGGAACUACCCGGCACAGGGAACCUGGGUCCAAAGGACAAGUUUUAACUUCUGGUUCUUCUUCCUUGGUGGUGGUGAGAUCCUCCACUCUCACCUCUGGAAUGGCUCAUUUUAAGCCUAAAGGGACGGCAAAACUGAUCAAUCCCCUUGUUAGGGUUCCGUACACCUUAUUUGCAUAGUACCACUCUAUCAUUGUGUGUGAGUUACAAAGACAGUGGUUAGAAGGGCUGUUUUAAGUAAUUCACUACACUGCACUGAUGAAGAUCAAAGACUACAGCCUUCAAUAUGGAUUACACCUCAACAUAAAACACAAGUUCCCACAACUGGACCAAUAAGCAAUAUCAUGAUAGAGAAAAUAUUGAACUUCUUAAGGAUUUCAUUUUACUUGGAUCCACUGUCUACACCCUGGAAGCAAAAGUCAAGAAAUCAAACGAUAUAUUGCAUUGGUCAAAUCUGCUGCAGAAGGCUUCUUUAAAGUGCAUGUGAUGAGACUAUGUGGGCAACUCUUGUCUGUAGGCCAGAUGAGAAGGAAGAAGGGGACAGGAACUGGUUGAAUGGACACAGGGAAUACAGGGUGGAGAGAAGGAAUGUCCUGUCUCGGGGAGAGCAGCUAGGAGUACAUAGCAAGGUGUGUAUAACUUUUUGUAUGAGAGACUGACUUGAUUUGUAAACUUUCACUUAAAGCACAAUAAAUUAAUUAAUUAAAAAAAUAAUAAAGUGCAUGUGAAGGCUGGACAGUGAAUGAGGAAGACCAAAGAAGAAUUUAUGCCUUUGAAUUAUGGUGUUGGUGAAGAAUAUUGAAUAUACCGUGGAAUGCUAGAAGAACGAACAAAUCUGUGUUGGAAGAAGUACAGCCAGAAUGCUCCUUAGAAGCAAGGAUGAUGAAACUUUAUCUCACGUACUUUGGACAUGUUAUCAGGAGGGACAAGUCCCUGGAGAAGGACAUCAUGCUUGGUAAAGCAGAGGGCCAGUGAAAAAGAGGAAGACCCUCAAUGAGAUGGAUUGACACAAUGGCUACAACAAUGGGAUCAAAGAUAGCAAUGAUUGUGGGUAUGGCACAGGACUGGACAGUGUUUCAUUUUGUUGUACACAGCACUGUGAAUCAAAACUGACUUGAUGGCACAUAACAACAAGACAAUAAGGAAAAUUCCAUUGUCUGUGCUCCUGCCAAAGUCUCAGACCCUUGCCAGCCUGUGUAGGCGGACAAGGGUUUGCUUGAUGAGCAGAGAAGUAGAAGCUGUCACAGAAAAAUCUGGAAAGUUGAUAAUCUGCAUGUGCACUCACAAAAUGAAAGCAGAGUGGAUAGAAUGGAACAAUGCCAUGAACAUAAUGCAUUGGAAAAUACCAUUCAUCAGCACAAAAGUAAUUUUCCUUUAAGGCAAAAUCAUGGUGUCUUUGAUUUAGAUGAAAAAAUCGUGAAUUCAAAAUUAACUUUAAUGAACCAGAACAGAAGCCAUGGAGUAAACAACUCUGCUGAGCUUCACAGAGACGAAACCUUUCUCCAUGCUAACCAUGAGCAAUUUCAUAUUGAAACUAAAUUUCCUGAAAGCCAAAACCACAACAGUAGUAAGUCCCAAAUCAUUAAGCCCCAGAAAGCUCCCAAAGUAGAGAAACCACAUGUACGUAGUGAAUGUGGGAAAACCUUCAUCAAGAAGUCUUGGUUCAUUCAUCAUCAGAUCAUUCAUACAGAAGAGAAACCCCAUAGAUGCAGUCUUUGUGGGAAAGCCUUCUCCAAAAAAUUCAAGCUCACUGAACAUCAUCAGAGUAGUCACAGAGGAGAAAAACCAUAUAGAUGCAUGGAAUGUGCCAAAGCAUAUCUCUGUAAGUCACAGCUCAAUAAACAUCAGAAAACUCAUAUGGCAGAGAAACCCUAUAUAUGCAGUGGGUGUGGAAAAGGCUUCAUCCAGAAGAGAAAUCUCAUUAUCCAUCAGCGAACUCAUACUGGAGAGAAACCAUACAAAUGCAGUGAAUGUGGAAAAGACUUUAUCCAGAAGGGAAACCUCAUUAUCCAUCAGCGAACUCAUACUGGAGAGAAACCCUUUGUAUGUGGUGAAUGUGGAAAAGGCUUCAUCCAGAAGGGAAGUCUCAUUACUCAUCAGCGAACUCAUACUGGAGAGAAACCCUAUGUAUGUGGUGAAUGCGGUAAAGGCUUCAGCCAGAAGUCACGCCUCAUUGCACAUCAGAGAUUUCACACGGGAAAGAGUCCCUUCGUAUGCAGUGAAUGUGGAAAACCUUUUUCCCAGAAGUCAAGUCUCAUUGAACACCAAAGAAUUCACACAGGAGAGAAGCCCUUUCAAUGCAGUGAAUGUGGGAAAGCUUUUGCUGCGAAGCAAAGGCUCAUUAUACAUCAAAGAUCUCACACAGGAGAGAGACCAUAUAGCUGCAACGAGUGUGGAAAAACUUUUGCCUAUGUGUACUGCCUUGUUAAACAUAAAAGAAUACACACAAGAGAGAAAUGUGUACAUUCAGUCAAGGCGGAAGAUCCUUCCAGAGCAAGUCACAGCUCAUCUCACACCGGUGAUCUCAUGCAGGACAAAAGCCCUGGUAAUGUGACUAUGCAUAUGCCUUCUGUGGCAGCUCAGACAUCAGUAAACAUGAGCGGGCUCCUAUCAAAUAGGAAUGUGGUCCUUGUGGGACAGCCUGUUACCGGAAGUGAACCAUCAGGAGAUAACAGAGAAUUUGUACAGCAGAGAAAUCUGAUGAAUACCGUAAAUGUGAUAGUGCCUGUGAAUGCAGUGAGUGUGGUCGUGCCUUCAGUGACCAAUUACGUCUUAUUUUAUGCACCACAAAACCUGUAGGGUAAACAGAUAUAUUUACUGGGGCUAGUAAUUAGCAAAAAUUUCUACUUCAUUGUAUAGCUACGAAGUGUAUCCUGAGGGAAAUUAUAUGCAGGAACUGGGAAAGCCUGAUAGCUCACUGUACAUAAAUAUGUGCAUUGGUAUCAAGACAAUUUGAUGUUAAACCAAGUGCAUACAUAUUGAUUGCUUUAUUGUGUCAAUUGAAUGAAAGCAUCACUUUAUGUCAGUGGAUGAAAUAAGUACUGUGAAUUUUUAAAACGGAAAAGAAUCGGUACCUGGAAUGUUGCUUCUUGUCGUUAGUUUCUGUGGAGUGGAUUCCCAUUCAUGGUAACCGCAUGUGCUACAAAUGAGAAACCACUUAGGAGAGAAACCGUAAGGGGUAGUAUUGGAUCGGUGGGAUUUGGGGCACAUAUUUAUUGGCUCACUUUCCCAAGAUCACUGUGAAGGUUCAUUUGGAAGUGAGAAUGUCUACCAUGAACUUUCAGAAGUUUAUAUUUUGCACUUUAGAAGUUUAUAUUUUGCACAGGGAUCUAUGAAACAGUAGCCUUGCAUUGAAUCUAUUCGUUAAUGUAAUGAAAAUUUGUCACAUAUUGCCUUUGUACCUGGGCCUGUUUCCAGAAGCUGAGAAUACAGUGGUGAAUCAAAAAGAAAAAGUCAACACCCUCUUGGAGGGAGCAUUGAGUUAGUUGGAUUAUAUUUAAGUGAAAUCUUUAUACUGCAGGUCAUCUAGUCAAAUGGUAUAAUAGCUACGUUAGGUGAAACAGACGUGGGUUAAUUGGUACAAGGUGUUUAAUUAGAACUUUUAGGAGUUAAAAAACCCUAAAAACGUGUCAUGACAAUUUCUUGUUGUUUUCCACUUGUAAAGAUGUAGGGGCAGUGUCUGACCUCUUCAAACUUUACAAAGGGGAAGGAGAUUAAAAAGCAACAGCCCAAGGCUGAUUGUUACAGGCAGAGAUCAGACAUGCCGCCUGUCUCUGCCAUCCUUACCAAUUCUGACACCAGCUGGUCCUCCCACUGCACUCCCAGUUUCUCUGCUGGGUUCAAUAAUUCACUGCAGUGGCCACACACAACUCAACAGACAAUUCUUAAGAAUUAUGGGGUUUAUUAGGGAAGUAACUUUGGACAUGAAAGCCUUGCAGAUUUGACACCUAAUUACAGUGGGGGUAACUGGACCCUGUGGUGGUAGGGGCCAAGUUGUCUCUUGGUUGACAAAGACAAGCUGAAUGUGGUUACCGUAAUGGACAGCGGAGUCAAAGCAGUAAUCAGAAUAGUCUGACUCGUAUGGACUUAGCAUUGACUGCUUAGUCACGGUGUUCCUAGGAGUGAAAUAGAUAGGAAAUCCACUAAAUAUUUACUUGAUUUGUACAAGUAGAAGAAUUCUAGGUCAAGUGAACAGCAGCCUAACACGAAUCGCCAGAAUAAAUAAUCACAGCCCCUUAAUCAGUUCCCAGACUUGAGCAAGUUUAAAGACCCACAACCCCUUGAAUGAAGGGGAGGCUGAGUCCCCUUGAGAAAGGACCUCAGUACACUGCCAAAAAUUUAUACUGUUAAUCUUUCGCCCAGCCUUCCCCAAAGGGAUCUACAGCCUUUUACAAGAGUGACUGUUCAUUGGGGAAAAGAAAAUAAUCAGACUUUUCGGGAAUUCAAGGAAAUACCUCACCCAGUUGUGGAGGCUGGCAAGCCCCAAAUCCAUGGGUCAGGCAUAGACUUCUCUUGACACAUGGCUGCCGAGGCUGAGGAACCCAAAUUGGCAGGCCAGUGACAAGCUGCUGACUUGCAAGGCUGUGGAAGCUGGCAAGUCAGGUCAGAUGAUAGGCUUCUGGCCCAUGGAGCUGUGGAAACUGGCAAAUCCCAGAAUCAGCAGGUCAGACUGCAGGCUGGUGGCUCAAGUCCUAAGAACUGGAGGUCAGAUGAUCAUAAACCAGAUGCAGGAUGCUGAGUGAGAGAGAACUUCCCCGCAUAAUUUACAUAUAUUUCCGGUCAAGGAAACUUCCUGCUGUUUGAGAAGGCAGUGACUUGAGUCAUGCCUUUUAGUAAGGGCAGUGACUGGGGUAAGGAUAAUGACUUGAGUCCCACCCUCUAGUAAGGUGACGGCUCAAGAUACAUCCCUAAUCCUGCUUCAUUAACACGACCACAUGCAUAGAGGCUAGGAUUCACAAAACCAAAACAAAACCCGUUGCCAUUGAGUUGAUUCUGACUCAUAGUGGUCCUAUAGGACAGAGUAGAACUGCUGCAUAGUAUUUUCAAGGAAUGGCUGGUGGAUUCAGACUGCCGACCUUUUGGUUAACCAAACCAAAAAAAACCAAACCCAGUGCCGUUGAGUCGAUUCCGACUCAUAGCGACCCUAUAGGACAGAGUAGAACUGCCCCAUAGAGAUUCCAAGGAGCACCUGGCGGAUUCAGAAUGCCGACCCUUUGGUUAGCAGCCGUAGCACUUAACCACUACACCACCAGGGUUUCCGCUUUUGGUUAACAGCCGAGCUUUUAACCACUGUGACACCAGGGCUCCAAGGAUUCACAGCACAUCACAAAAUGGAGGACAACCACACAGUACUGGGAACCAUGGCCUAACCAAGUUGACACAUAACCUAAAUGAUCACAGGUUCCAUAUACCUUAUUCUCAUAGUCCCACUCAAUCAUCGUGUGUGUCACAAACACCAUGGGUAGAAGGACCAUUUUAAGCAAUACAUUGCACUGAAUCAUCACAAGUUAUUACUGUGAAGUUAUUUAUAUUUGAUGGGUAUAAAUACUCAGAAAAACUAUCAAAGAAUUUAAUUAGUGGAGAAAUAAAAAAACUAUCAAGAAUUUUAUUUUCUACCUGGAGAGAUAAGACAUUGGGAUUAAAAAAGAACUUAUUUGUUUUUUAGGAUGCUUAAGCACCAUUAAAAGGAUUCUUUACCCCAAAAGUGGGGAGUAGUGCAAAGAGUUAAUGCACUUGGCUGCUAACCUGAAAAGCUAGAGGUUUGAGUUUACCCAGAGGCCUGGCUAUCUACUUCCGAAAAAUCCUAGGGAGCAGAAUUCUACUCUCACACUCAUGCGGUCACCAUGAGUGGUGUGGUGUGAUGGAUCACUUUUGUUGCCUUUCUUGCCAUGGUCUUGUAACUCCACACCCACCGAAUGAUUGGGUGGGACCAUGCUAAUAAAGUAUAUGGAACCCUAAUGAGGGGAUUAGUCAAUUUUGCCAUCCUGCUAGGCUUAAAAGAGAGCCAAUUCCCGGCCCAUGGAGUGAGACAGCUGAGUGCCUUUGGGCAGGAGGCUUGCUGGUGGAGUAGGGUGCCUCAGGGCACUUGGUGGAGCUAGAUUUGCUGGUCCACGGAGCUAGAGCUGAGCGCCUUUGGUUUAGGCUUACUAGCAGAGUGGGGUUCCUCUGGGUACUUAUCCAAAGGCUUUGUUACCCUCCCAUGUGGCUGGAUGUCUUUCAUCAAUCAGGAAGCCCAUGGAACUUCUGUGUCCAGAGUUUUAUUGGCUUAAUUUUGCAGUAAUGAUUGGGGUUUCAGUUCAUAAUCAUGGUUGAUCGAAUCAUUACUGCCCCCCACCCCCACUCCUUAAGGUCAGCUGAUAUCAGGCCACAAGGGUCUUUCUGGCUUGGACAGCCACCAUUCAUUAGUGCAAGCCCUGGUGAAGGAGGCCCGAUGCACACUUGGGCCUGGUAGGCACAGCUCCUGCCACCAAACCCGGGAUCCUCCUUGUCCCAGUGAAAUCACCCUUGACCUUUCCCCAUGAGCUAGGUUUCUUCUGAGCUGACAGGCAGUAUUAUCACCUGGUGGUUAGGAGUAAGUUCUGAAGUCACACUGCCAGGGUGAGGAGUUGAGUCCAUGCCCCAGCUGUAAGCUGUUGAGCAACACUGAGUACUUAACUUACCUGUGUCCCAAUUUUAUCUUAAAACAAUUACUGCUUCAUAGAGUGUUUGUGGAAAGUACAGUCACACAUGGCAUAAUGUCCAUUUGGGCAACGUCCAACCCAGGGACGGAUUACCCAAUAAGCAAGGUAUCCAUGGGUUUAAUUGUGUUUGCUUUCUAAUCCGUAGCGCACGAUUUCACCUGGGUUUCACCAUAUCAAAGAUGUGCACUACAGGUGAGUAAGUAAGCACAAUUAAACCUGUGCAUACUUUGCUUGGAGACCGUAGUGGCUAAGAGCUACGGCUGCUAAUCAAAGGGUCGGCAGUUCAAAUCCACCAGGUACUCCUUGGAAACUCUAUGGGGCAGUUCUACUCUGUCCUAUAGGGUCUCUAUGAGUCGGAAUCAACUCGACGGCACUGGGUUUGGUUUUGGUUUAUACCUUGCUUAUGGUAAGCUGGUACAAAUCGUGCUUACUGGUUUAUCAGCCCCAGGUCUGACCACAUACAUGUCUGUGGCUCUGGGUGCGGGCUCUCAGGCUUUGUCGGGCAGGCAGAUGGGUGGCGGUGGUGGGGGCUGCAGGCCUGGCUGUUCCUGCUCCUCAGGCAGGUGGAGCUGUGGACAGGACUGGGUGCACUCUGCUUGCUCCUCACUUGCUUCCUAUAUCUCCACUCACAUCACUGCCCUCUCAGCCACCACUGCCACCCAUUUCUCUGGCCUCCAACAGCCACUCCAGCAGCAGCAACAGCAACAGCGACGAUGACAGUUGGAAGUGGGCACAAAUAAGGUUUUAAUAUAAUAUGCUUUAUGAGUAUUGAUUUGUAACUACGAGUUGCAUGUAAGUCAGAUGUUCAUAACUUGAGGACUGCCUGUAUAUAAUAUGGUGUUCAAAGAACAUCCAAAUCACAUAACAUCGUAUUUCACAGAACGUAUCGUGGACAUUAAGCAAUGCAUGACUGUAGUUAAAACAGUUUCUGGGAGGGAAAGAGACCCCAGAUAAGUAAAGCAUUACUGAAAAAGAAAAACAAAGUGGGAGGCCUCAUACUACCUGAUUUUAGACUAUACUAUACUGCCACAGUAGUCAAAACAGCCUGGUACUGGUACAACAACAGAUACAUAGACCAAUAGAACAGAAUUGAGAAUCCAGACAUAAAUCCAUCCACAUAUGAGCAGCUGAUAUUUGAUAAAGGUCCAAAAAUCUGUUAAAUGUGGAAGACAGUCUCUUUAACAAAUGGUGCUGGCAUAACUGGAUAUCCAUCCGCAAAAAAAAAAAAAAAAAAAAAUGAAACAA